UUGAAGACUGUAUUCAGGCGCUGCUGCCGGGGAAAGUGCCAGGUGUAGGGGCUCUAGGUAGUCAUCUGGCCGAGAGAGACCAAGGGGAAGUCGGCGAGUCAGGACCAAGAGCGUUGCCCAUCCUUGGAGGAAGGGGCUUCUGUAAUCUGGGGGCUGUCCUGGGGAGUUCCUGCUGGAAUUCUACUUCCCCACCGAACCCUACCGGCGGGGCAAAUGCCGGAGUCUGGCUUUGGCGAGUGUCGCACCGCGUUAAUUUCGUGCUUUGUAGCUGGGAUGGAAAGAAAAUGAAGAAUCGUUAACUCUUCCAUCCGCUCUGUCCUUAAGCGGGAAGGCGGUAAGGGUACCUAGAGUUAGGGACCAGUGGGGCUCUUCUGCACUACCUUUGCUCGCCUCUUCUGGCUCGGCCGGGAGGCGGAGGCGCCAACAUUCGCUAAAAGGGCGCUCGCGGGCCCGGGGCCCGCGCUCGCUGCUCCCGGGGGAAGCUGCGUUGCCAGGUUGGGUUUAACGCCUCCGCCCGCGGGCAGAUUGUCCGGGGCCGAAGGCGCCACCUCUGGCGCUGAGGCGCGAGCCGCCCCUCCCGCGCGGCGUUCCUCCCUCCCCGCUCCGCCCUCCCUCCGCACCUUCACAGCCGGCCCUGGGCUCCACUCCGGCCACGCGCCUUCCCCAACCUCCGGCCAGCUUCCGAGCGUGCAGGCGCCGGGUGGAGCGCAGGUUGUGGGUCGUCAUCCCAGCCCUGGCCACUGUCUCCGAACAGUCGGCGCGGGGCUCUCGAGCCGAAGCGAGCCGAAGGCAGGAUGCAGGCUUGCGGGGGCGCCGCGGCGGGACGCCGGGCCUUUGACAGCAUCUGUCCGAACAGGAUGCUGGAAUUGCGCGGUCGGCCCUUCGGCAAGCCGGGAAAGCUGGACAGGAAGUUUGCCCCUCCGCGGAAGCUUUUUCCCGGUUGCAGUGGUGGCAGCCCCGUGUCUGUGUACGAGGAUCCCCCAGACGUGGAGCCCGCUGCAUUGCCAGCCCUCACCACCAUAGACCUGCAGGACCUCGCCGACUGCUCCUCUCUACUCGGGUCCGACGCGCCUCCUGGUGGUGACUCGGCCACCUCGCAGAGCCAUUCCUUGCCAGCGGCAGCGGAUUUUGAUCUGCAGGAUUUCAGAGACACGGUGGAUGAUCUCAUUGCAGACUCUUCUUUGCUGUCGCCUCCCCUGGCCGACGGAGACUUCCCUUUCUCUCCUUGCGACGUACUGCCGCUGGGGCCCUGUUUCUCCCCGCCACUGGACCCGAGGGCUCUUCAGUCACAGCCGCUGCGUCCUCAAGCCGUGGCCCCACCGGAGCAGUACUGGAAGGAGGUGGCGGACCAGAACCAGAGGGCGUUGGGGGACGCACUCGUUGAGAAUAACCAACUGCACGUGACGCUGACCCAAAAGCAGGAAGAGAUCGCCUCGCUCAAGGAGCGAAACGUUCAACUGAAGGAACUCGCCAGCCGCACUCGGCACUUGGCGUCUGUGCUGGAUAAGCUGAUGAUCACGCAGUCUCGAGAUUCCGGGGCGGCAGCCGAGCCUUUCCUGCUCAAGGCGACCGCCAAAAGGAGCCUGGAGGAGUUGUUUAGUGCUGCGGGACAGGACUGCGCGGAAGUGGACGCCAUCCUGACGGAGAUUUCCGAGCGCUGCGACGAAGCGCUGCAGAGCCGCGAUCCUAAGCGGCUCCGGCUGCAGCCAGAACCCGCAAGCUCGGACGGCAGGCCUGGGAACCUGCAUGGCGUCUUCCGGGGGCUGCGCACAGAUUGCAGCCGGAGAACGCUGAACCUGAGCCACAGUGAGCUGGAGGAGGGAGGCUCCUUCAGCACCCCCAUCCGCAGCCACAGCACCAUCCGCACCCUCGCUUUCCCCCAGGGCAAUGCCUUCACCAUUCGAACAGCCAACGGAGGUUACAAAUUCCGCUGGGUCCCCAGUUAAGCUGGGAUAUGAUUCCGCCAAACACUGCCCUGUAUCAUGACUGAAGCUCCUGGAGGCUAAACUGGAGUAGCUGAAGCUGUUUCCUAAACCUGGCUACUUAGCACUCCCCCUGCAGGGCUAAUGGCACUCUGAAACUUACUUGUUUCAGGAACAAAAACGUCUCGAUACUUGAUGCACUGUAAAGUUCUGGUACAAAGUACUGUAUAGCCCCUCCCAUUUUCAAAGCGAAACUGUGUGAGUGUAUGUAUGUAUAUGUAGGCGUAAACACACAUAUAUAUAUCACAGUCAACUUUAAACGUAUUUAUUUUUAGCAGCUUUGAAUUAUGUACUUUUAGAGCUGGAAAGGACUUCACAGACCACUAAGCUAUUUUCUGAUCAUAUAAUGCCCUAGUUUUAUAAGACGGAAAGGAGUCUCUAAGUUCAGUAAUUUUCUACAAUAAAAGCAUUAUUGGGACCUUCCAAUCUCCCUCACUAGUCAUUUAAGCAUUGUAGGCCCAGAAGCCAGUGACUGUUUCCAUACAUCACUCAAUCCCCUUCCUCCAACCCCCCACUUCCUGGAAGAACACUUAAUUUUGUUACUAUUGAAAAAAAUUUAUUUUAGCUGUCAGAAUAAAAAAAGAGAGGUAGCCUAAAGACUUGCCUUAGGCAGUAAAGUAGAGGAAAAUGAGGAUUCUCAGAGGCAAUGAGUUACUGACAAAAUAGGUGCUGAACACAUUUGUAAAUGAUCAUUUAUAUAAUUUUGAAGGAUUUAUGGUAAAUGUUUAUAUUAAUUAUAGGUACAGUUUUACUUGUUUAAGCAGAAUAACCACACAAAAAGCAAACUUUGUUAAGAAAUGUAAGUUGUUUUAAGAAAAUAUCCCACAUGAAAAAGUGUUCACAUAUAGAUAUAUGUAGAUCUAUCUAAAUAUAUAUAUGUGUGUGUGUGUAUAUAUAUAU